AUGAGCCAGCAAAGAGACAGUACGCAAAAGCCACGCUCUGUCAAGCUUGUUACUCCUCUCUACGCCUCACUAGCUCCUUGGAGAAGAAGGCCCUCGAGCUUUUCAAUGCCAUACCAAAACUUUUUUUUGUCACUUCACCUUAGAUUCGAGCCUGACAUGGUAACAUACAGCAGAUGUGAAUAUCCAAACCUAUCCGCUUCAUUUGUGGCUGCUAUCAAAGCUGCUGGAGGAGACAAAAAGCCAUGGAUAGGAGAGAUAGCUCAGAGCUGGAGAAAGCGAGGCAAGUGCCCUUUGACUCCUAACGAAACAGUCUUGAUGCUGCAAUCACUAAGAAUCCCAACAAGCACAAACAUAUACUAG